UCGUCGUCACCGCGCAACGAGACAGUCCAAGAGUUGGAUAUCAGGACUCGUGGUGAAAAAUCCGCGAUCUUCCAAAGAUUGAAAAACGAAAUUAAAAAAAAAUUGCAUUCACUAAAAACUAUUCAGCUGAUUGUCGCUGCUUCCAUUGAUAUCAAACAAAAAUAUCCGAAAGGAAGUUAAAUCAAGUGAUUCUCAUUAUCAAUUUCCUCUGGUGGAGCAACAGGCCUGACUAGCAUUCUCCCAUCUCCUAAAAAUGUUAUAAAUCAUAAGAGUGAAGAGAAAAAUCGAAAAAAAGGAGAAGCCCCCAGGGUGCAAUAAUCGCCGAUUGUCGAACUCCGGACAUCCACGAUUCCGUAAAUUGUGAGUGAAGGCGAAGCAUAUUUUUUCCAAUCAUGAAAUCUACGUGGUGAUGAGACCAAAGAAUCAGAGGAUGCAUGCUAAUUUCACCUUCGGUUCCUGCGGUGAAUAUUUUGAGACGGUAAUUCAUUUGAUAUGCGGGAGAAACGCAUUUUUAAAUACGAGGUAGUACCAGGAAGGAAUGAGAAAGCAGUAUGGAAAGACAUAUAUCCGAAUCUGAAGACACUUUCAACGAGCCCAAAUGGCGGCCUAAGGAUACGAGCAUGGCUACUAGCUAUUUUCGGAUGUUUAUUAGCAUCACUUCUGAUCAUAAAUACUGUCAUUACGUGGCAGUUUCGAGUUGAUCAUUUGAUUAACACAACGCAAGGUAAUUACCUUGAAAACGAUCACCAACUGAUAGCAGUUCAGAAUAAGAAAUCCGGAUUUCUUGUUCGCAACAAAGGAUGUCGGAUAGCGGCAAUCGACCCCUUGGAUUCCUUCAGCAAAAGUUUCAUGAAAGUGGAGAAACCAAUUAAGUGUGAAUUCGGAAGUCAACUGCCUCUAGUAGAAUCCAACGAAACCCACGUAUUCAUCAACUUCAGUGUAGUUAGUCAGUACUACAAUGUCACAGAGGUACCCAAUUGUUGUUGGCGAGAUUUCCACCGGAAGCAGAAUAACGAUGAUCAAAUCACAAUGGAAAAGAGAUGUCAUCCCUUCCAGACCUCUACCCGACCUUCUGCUGAAUUCAUCCGAGUGGAGUGUUGGCGCGACGGUGGCCGAAUCUAUCGCGACUACCAUUUCUUCGUUCUUCGUAAACCAGAAGUGGAGGCUCGCUGCAAACUGUCAAAAAAAAAGCAGAAAAAGUACCUUUCCUCCAGCGACCCCAAAACAAUAAAUAAACUAAGUAUUCUCAUCCUCGGUCUGGACUCAAUCUCUCGUCUAAACUUUCACAGAAUGAUGCCGAAAACGGCGAAAACACUCGAAGCAUUGUCUGCUGUUGAAAUGCUUGGUUACAAUAAAGUUGGUGACAAUACAUAUCCAAACAUAGUGCCCGUUUUAACUGGACUGUCCACAACCGAACUCCAAACAAAUUGCUGGAAUGACACCAGUAAACCCUUCGACAACUGUCCCUUCAUCUGGAAGAAUUUCAGUAGAUCCGGUUACCGUACAAUAUUUGCUGAAGAUGCCUGCUCAAUGACAACAUUCAAUUAUCUGAAACCUGGCUUCCAUAAUCCACCAACGGACUACUACCUCCGUCCGUACUGCUUAGCUGCAGAAAAUGAUAUUGGCAAUACUCGUGAAUUGAAUGCCCACUUGUGCAUAGGAACACGAAAAAAUUUUGAAAAUCUUCUGAGUCAUUCGACAAAAGUUGUGAGAACCUUCUCCCAGGAUUCGUAUUUUGCAUUCUUCUGGCAGGCAAGUCUAACCCAUGAUUUUUUUAAUUAUCCUCAGCUGGGGGAUGCUGCAUACUCCAGAGUGAUUAAUCAAUUUUACGAGGAAGGUCUCAUGGAAAAUACAGCACUGAUUGUUAUGAGUGAUCAUGGAAUAAGAUGGGGUGAUUUCCGUCAGACUUAUCAGGGGAGAAUGGAAGGUAGUCUGCCAUUUGUAUUUUUAGUACUUCCAAAGUGGUGGAGAGAGAGGUAUCCAAUUGCGUUUGCAAAUUUGCGAAAGAACACAGCAAGUUUAACCACUCCCUUUGAUCUCUAUGAGACCCUUGGUGACCUUCUGAAACUGGAGAUGAUCGAAGAGGCACAGAUUAGGCAGAGAACCAGUGUGAUGAACUCAUUGGAGAAUGAAAAACUUCUGCCAAGGGGCAUCAGCUGGUUUUUACCCAUUCCUGGCCACAGAACGUGUGAUUUAGCUGGAAUUCCUGGACACUGGUGUAUGUGUCAUACCUCCAGUGAUAUCGAUUUUGAUCAUGAGUCUGUGAAAAAUAGCACUGUUUAUCUCGUUGAGGAAUUGAACUCGAUGCUCAAGAAAUAUCCUGAAUGUGCUGAGUUGAAAAUGACAAAGAUUAUGAAUGCUAAAGUAUGGAAACAGGUGGAUAAGGAGGCAACAUUUCCAUGGGUGGAUUUUACAAUUACCAUUGAAACUCUUCCCGGAAAUGCUAUUUUUGAAGCUUCAAUCAGACAUGGAACUGAUGGUACUAAUAAACUUGUGGGGUCCAUCAGUAGGCUCAAUGCUUAUGGGGCACAAAGUGCAUGUGUAAAUGAUUUUAAUAUAAGAUUGUACUGCUACUGCCAGUGAUUGAGGGAUUAUUGUGGCGAAAUCAUUGAUUUUCUUAUAUAAAGAAUAUUUUGUAGUAUUUUGAAUAAACGUUGAUGACAUUGUU